CAAGACGAUUGGGAGUCGCAUCAGUGCGUACGACUCAUCCAUGGUUCUUUGCGUCGUCUCACAUCCAUCCGCAGACUUCCCUGCUCGGACGUGGCGUACAACAUGGCGCGCAUCCGCGCCAUCCGCACAGCGUCACAGUCGACGACUACUGCAGAUGUACCGUCGGCCGAGUCUCGGCUCCAUCUCCUCGAGCACUUCCUAGACGCUCACACAAGGAUAGUGCAACAGAUCGUCCCCGUCGCUACGCAUCAUCGCGGACGACGCGGAACGUUCGACUACUUGGGCGAGUAUGUCGUCAUCAGCCUGGCGUACCGGAACGAUUGCGGCGGCAAUCCCAGUCGGUCAUAUCGCGUUGAUUCCACCGAGUUCCUGCGCAUACCCGCCGCCUGCGAGCGAUAUCCCCACCUACGAGGACGCAUGGAGCAUUGGUUUAGCUUGAAAGGAGACGAAUACCGGGCCAGGAGAGGCUUCCUAGGGUUCGUACACAUCCUCUGGGUGGCCGACGACGACGGCUUCGUGGUGUGGCAAGCGCUGCCCGACUACGAUGUGUCACCUCUUCAAGCCAGUGCUAUGCGGCAAGCUGACGGUAGCGAUUGGCUGGCGCCGCUGCGGUGGGCGGCGGAGAAUGGCUUCGUUUACCGGCAUCCCCGUCCUGGCUUUCCCUUCCCUCUCAUGGGGCAUCUGCAGAAGAAAGGCGUAGGGUGGCAGUGGCAGCCGUUCUCCCAUGCCCAACUGGUCGCCAUGGGCAGCGACGGAGUCGCGCUCUUAUAAAGGGGCUAUUAGUGCGUACUGUCGACUUCGAGUGUGGCUUUUAUUGAUUACCCGAUAUCAGAGCCUCCCUACUCGGCGUAUGUUGUUUGUGCGGCCCCGUCGCUGGGUGAUAUUUGGAUCCCUGGGCAUUGCGGGUAUGUCUAUUACUGUAUGUUCGACGUCUAUGCAUUGGCUUCUGGCAUCAUGAUGGCCGAGCACGGAUGGCCGACUC